AUGUUUCUAUCGGACGGAAACCAAAUGUUCAACAUUACCAUUGUCGGUGGCGGUAUCGCUGGAAUUUCGGCAGCUAUUGCUUUGAGAGGACCCAACCGUCGCAUCACCGUUUUCGAACAGAGCCAGCUUAACAGAGAAAUCGGUGUGACAAUAUCAAUCGUGGAGAAGCAAUGGGGUCUCAAGGAAACUCUCUCAAUGAAGGGCUCCAUGGCAGACAAAGGAUUCCGCAUCUACACCACAAAGGGAGAGCUUCAUGCGGAGAUUCCAUUUCACUUGAAGAAAAGCUACGGUGCAGAACGCAUGAUGUACCACAGGUGA